AUGGAUAAGAACAAAAUUAAACAACAGUUGAAACUUGCAAAAGAAGAAUUUAUGAAGAAAAACUUUUCCGAUUCAAUUAAAUUGUGCAAAACUAUUUUAUCAGUUGAUCCUAAUAAUAUUUCUAGUCUAAUUCUUUAUGGUGCCAGUCUAUUAGAAAUACCAUCCAAAAAAGACGAAUCCAUUCAACAAUUCCAAAAAGUCAUUGAUUUAUCUCCUUAUAAUUUAUUUGCAUGGCAAGGUAUUGAGCAGUAUUAUGAAAAAUGUGACAAACUUACAGUUUGUCAACAGUUAUUUUACACAUAUGCUAAUUUGUUAUGCUUGGAAAUUGAUGAAAUUAAAUGCAGAGCACGUGCUAAAAAAUGUAUUGAGCUUUGGAAAAAUUUCAAAACAAAAUUGGAUUUAGGACCUUUUGUGGCAACUGUAUUACCAAAACUUAAAAACGAAGAAAUAACACCUCAAUACUUGGCUUUAUGUAGAAUUUUAGUAGAAUUUCCAUUUACAGAAGAUACUUCUCCUUUGGAUGAUUAUUUAGAAAAAAUAUAUUUGGCAUUAUGUAAUGAUGAUAAUUUUGAUCAAAGAUUUGAAAUUUAUUGCAAACUUAUUCCUGUAUUAAAAUCUAAAGGGAAAAGGCAACAACUUGUUGACACAUGUGAAAAAAUGUUAUCUCUCUAUAUUGACAAUGCUGUGGCUAUUAAUUUUUUUUGUGAAUCAUUUAUCAGCAAUUAUAUAAAAACUAUAACUGAUCCUGAAGAUGAUGUACUCAUAUUAAUUGAAAAAAUGAGUUUAGUUAUUUUAGAAAGAUGUGAGAUUUUAUUAAUAGCCCAACCAACAAAUCCAAAUUCAUUAAUUGCUAAAAGUAUUGCUUUGAGAAGACAAAAUGAAUUUGAAGAAAGCCGUAAACUGUUACGAAAAGUUCUUCAAGUUACUAAUCGAUCCUGGCAGUCAUGGUUUUUACUUACAGAAAUUCAAAUCAAUAUUCAUUGUUAUGAUGAUGUUAUACAAUGUGUUAACCAAGCAAAGAAAAUUAUGAAACCUACAUUUUCUUGUUAUCAGACUAUGCUUAUGUGGGAAAUUGAAGCUUAUUGUUGCUCCAGUCAAUGCUGUACUAUAGCAGGACGUCAGUUAGCUAUUGAUAUGUUUAAUGAACAUUUAUAUAACAAACUGAUUGAAUAUAUUAUUAUAGCUAGUUGUAAUUUAAAUGAUCAAAAAACUGCAAAAAACUAUUUGAACACUUUACAAAACAAAUGUGAUAAAAACGAUCGCUAUAAAUAUUUGGAAGCAUUUUAUUUUAACCAAUUUGGUCAAUUUGAUGAUGCUUUGUAUUCUUUGAAAAGUAUUAAUAAUUUGUCAGCGGAUGUAGAUUCAUUAUUAUUACUAGGUAAUAUUAUGUGGAACCAACAAAAAGUUUCUGAGGCCGGUAAACUAUAUUUGGAAGCUUCUCGAAUUUCUCCUCAUAGAUGUGAUUUAAUUACAAAAUUAGGGCAUUAUUAUAGAGAAAUAAAACACUUACCUAUUGCUAUAACCUGCUAUGAAAAAUCCAUUUUAUUAAAUCCAGAUAAUGAAGAAAAUGGACUUGCUCUAUCAGAUUUAUAUAUAAUUUUAUCAAAAUCAAAUGAGCAAGAAGCAUUAUUAAAUUAUCUUAUGACAACAAAAAAUAUCAAGUGGGCUUCUUUAAGAUUAGGUUUGCACUAUUUGAAAUUAAAGAAAUUUGAAAAUGCUGUUAACAGUUUUCAAAUUGCUGUUAAAUAUGACCCAAAAAAUACCAACUGUUAUGAAUGUCUUGGUGAUGCUCUUUUAGAAAGAGGAUCACUUAUUGGUGCAAAACUUACAUAUUCUAAAUGUAUAGAACUUAAUCCAAAUCUUCUAUAUCCAAAAUUACAAACUGCUAAAAUUGAGUAUCGCAUUGGUCAAGUAGAUUCAAGUAUUCAGUUAUUUUAUAAUAUUGCAAAUUCUUAUUCUAAUAAUUUCCAAGCAUUAUUGGAAACUGGUAAAGCAUUUAUAGAACAUGCAAAGUCUAUUUUUGACUGUCAAGUACUUACGAGUUAUAAUUUAUGUAAAGAUGCUAGUAUAUAUUUGUACAAUGCAUUAUUGAUUGACAACCGAAAUACAUUCAUUUGGAAAUUAUUUGGAGAUUUGUGUAUAUUUAUUGCAAUGAUGCCUGAAAAAUUAUCUUUUAUCAGUUUGCCAUCUAAUAUAUUUAACAGAAAUCAAGAAGAUUAUAUAAUAAAAGGCUUGCAACUUUAUACUUUUUCUAGGAGAUGUUAUUCACAAGCAUUACAUCUGACAUCUAAAAAAAUAUCAUUAAACUCUGCUCAAAAGUAUAUUUGGUAUGAUAUAACCAAAUGCUAUUUAAAAAAUGCUUUGAGUUCAGAUAUUGAUAAUAAUGAAAAAUUAGAGUAUAAAUCAAAAGCAGAACAAGGCAUUAAAAAAUGUUUGUUAUUGGAUCCAAUAAAUAUACAUUUUUGGAACACUAUGGGAAUUAUCGAGGCAAUUGAUGAAACGAAAAAACAGCAUUUGAGUUAUUAUUGUUUUGUUAAUUCUUUAAAAAUAGAAAUGAGUGCUUUUGCUUAUAAUAAUUUAGGUGUCAAAUGUAUGAUUCAAAAUGAUGUAAAUCUUGCUCAAGAAGCAUUUACUUUGUGUCAAUCCAUUGAUCCAACUCUGAUUAACAGUUGGCUUGGACAAGGGUUAAUUACUAGAUUUGAAGAUUCUGUAGAGUCUGUGUUUUAUCAUUCAACCACUUUAGGAUACCAUGAAGAAAGCAUUUGCAACUAUACUGAAGCAAACUACAAACAUAUUGAUUUUCAUACAGAGAUGUUAACGCCAAAUCAUAAAAUUCAACAUAAUAUUGAUCUACUUAUUUGGCUUACAUCUAAAGAUCACAAAAAUAGUUGGGCACAAAAUGCACUUUCAAUAUUAUAUACAUAUAGUGGUUUGUAUAAAAGUGCAAUUGAAACUGCGGAAAUAGCUGAAAAAUAUUGUACACCUGAAACACAAAUAGGCAUGCAGAGAAACUUAGCAUUCAGUCUUUUAAAAGCAAAACAAUAUUCUGAAGCUAUUAGCAAAUACCAACAAAUGACGACUAUGAAUGUAUAUGACAAGUUUGGAAUUGCAUUGGCACUUUAUAAAACAGGUCAGAUUCAAGAAGCAUAUGAUACUUAUACAUCAUUGACUGAAAAUAAAUCUGAUAUAAAUAUUGUGUCCAUUGCGUUCCUUGCUAUGGCUGCAAUAGCUUUUAGCAAUUAUGAAGACUAUGAUAAAGCCACAACAUUGUUCUUAAAGAGUAUACAAAGUAAUACCGCCAAUGUACAGGCCCUUUUGGCCACAUUUGCACUAGGAAUUGUAACAAGAAAAAGUAAUUUAUCUAGAACUAUCUUACAUGAAUUAAUAUCACAUAGGAAUGAUUCUGUUUACAUGGUAGACAUUGUUCGUUUUGAAACAUAUUUCUAUUAUUUAAAUCGUCAGCCGGCAUUAUCUUUAAAAUUAAUCAGUCGUUUUGUACACAGUCAUCCAAAUAAUGCUCAUCUGUGGCUAAACUUUGGUUUCAUAUUGUUAAAUUACUACAUGGCCAAUGAAUCAAAACGUCAAAAAGGACUAGUUUCUCAUAUUUUCACAUGUGCCACAGUUAUCAGUAACAAAAAUUGGGAACUUAAAAAUGCCUUAGUUCUAACUACUAUUUGUAACUUAUUUGAAGGGGAUUUAAAAACAUGUCUCAGGAAUGUUAUGAAAGGAAUUCAUUUAUAUCCUACAUCAUCUGAACUUUGGACAGUCUUAUUAAAUACCAUAUAUUGCCGGGGUAAUAGUGAUGAUGCAAAGUUCUUAAAAAGUCAUAUUGAGUUUGUUGUAAACAAUUUAAAUCCUAAUGAGUUUUUAAAAGGUAAUCUUUUACAAUUAGAAACUCAUAUUCCUUAG